AUGGGCACCUAUGGGACCUACGUCACCUAUGAGGACACCUAUGGGACCUAUGUCACCUAUAGGAUGGCACUUAAGGGAUGGCACUUAUGGGAUGGCACCUAUGGGAACACCUAUGGGAUGGGCACCUAUGGGACUCAUGCGGCCCCCUCCCCGCAGAUCUGCAUCCUGGAGUGCGAGGGCCAGGCCGUGCCCCGCGCCACCUGGGAGCUGUGCGCGGCCACCGGCCCGGCGGCGCCGCGGCCGCGCCGCCUCUCCGGCCACGCCUGGCCCUCGGGCCGCCGGGACCACCGCGAGGAGGAGCAGCAGCGGGAGGAAGACGAGGAGGAGGAGGACAUUUGGCGGCGGGCGGCGGCGGGCCGGGCGGCCAAGGGGGUGCAGAAGAGGUACGGGGGCUUCAUCGGGGUGCGCAAGUCGGCGCGGAAGUGGAACAACCAGAAGAGGUUUAGCGAGUUCCUGAAGCAGUACCUGGGCAUGGCGCCGCGCUCCAGUGAGUACGGCCGCGGCGGCGGCGGCGCCGGCGACGCCCAGGAGAGCUAAGCGGGAUCCAACCCUCCACCCCGCCCGCCACAUCCCAUGGGUGCCAUCCUACAAGGGGGCCAUCUCCGAGAGAGAAAUCCCAUUCGGAAUAAACGGCUCGGAAACGCCAGCGCCGGCCGGCCAACGGGAGGGACGCGGGGACACGCGG